UCUUACAUGUGGGCUGGCUCGAAGCUGAAAAAACCCACUGUACUGUACCAGUGUACACGGGCGUGUACACAACAGUGCUGCAGUCAGGGCAUCAAUUUUGUAUAGGAAAUGGCUAUUGAGGUAGCGCAGCAACGUCAGCUGUAAAGCACUUAGGCUGAGCAUGCCUCCCUCUCUCUCCCCACUGUAACCACGGGCUGAGAGGAGGAGGGUUCCGCCUUUUCUGUGCAAUGGGGGAGAAGAAAGCGCUUGCAGCAGAAUCAUGUCUGCCUCCGACUCGAGCGCUACAGGACUCAUCUGUAACCAGGGUUCAGCCGAUUCCUACACUAGUCGACCCUCGGAUUCCGACCUGUCCCUGGAGGAGGACCAGGAGGCGUCUCGGCGUGAAGCCGAGCGCCAGGCUCAGCUGCAGCUAGAGAGAGCCAAGUCUAAACCAGUAGCAUUUGCAGUUAAAACCAAUGUGAGUUACUGUGGGGCACUUGAUGAAGAUUGUCCAGUCCAAGGUGCUGCUAUUAACUUUGAAACCAAAGACUUCCUGCACAUAAAAGAGAAAUACAACAAUGAUUGGUGGAUUGGUCGACUAGUAAAAGAAGGGGCAGACAUCACUUUCAUUCCAAGCCCAGUCAAACUGGAAGCCAUGAGGAUAAAACAAGAGCAGAAAGCAGCAGCAAGGAAAGGAGGGAACGCUUCAUCUGGAGGCUGGAGGUCCACCCCGCCAUCUGCAGCCAAACAGAAGCAGAAACAGACUGAACAUGUUCCUCCAUAUGAUGUGGUCCCUUCUAUGCGGCCAGUGGUGCUGGUGGGCCCUUCACUGAAAGGCUAUGAGGUAACAGACAUGAUGCAGAAAGCCUUGUUUGACUUCCUAAAGCACAGAUUUGAUGGCAGGAUCUCUAUUACACGGGUCACUGCUGAUCUGUCACUGGCGAAGCGCUCAGUGCUGAACAAGAAGGCCAUAAUGGAGAGAUCCAACACACGCUCCAGUCUGGCUGAGGUCCAGAGUGAGAUUGAGAGGAUCUUUGAGCUGGCCAAGUCCCUCCAGCUGGUUGUCCUGGACGCAGACACCAUCAAUCACCCAGCACAACUCCUUAAAACGUCUCUGGCUCCCAUCGUUGUAUACGUCAAAGUCUCCUCACCUAAAGUCCUUCAGAGGCUGAUUAAAUCUCGAGGGAAGUCACAAAGCAAACACCUCAACGUCCAAAUGAUGGCAGGAGACAAGCUAGCACAGUGUCCACCUGAGAUGUUUGAUGUCAUCCUGGAUGAGAAUCAGCUGGAGGAUGCAUGUGAACAUCUUGCAGAGUACCUGGACAUUUACUGGCGUGCUACGCAUCUCCCCUGUUCUGCCCCUGUUAACCCCUUACUGGACCAAAGCGUGGUCACCCCACCCUCAGCUAACUCCAGCCAGCAGUUUUCUGAGACUCAAGAGUUGAUAGAAUGAUCACUCCCACAGACAUAGGACGCCUGUGCUGUCGGCUGGGGUCAGACUAGGAGGGCAUAAAGCACAGGGACCAGGGCGCCACCAGGGGGCAGCAGCAGCCCUCAUCUCUCCAAAGCCAGCCACCACCUUCUCUGGCCACACCUGGGGCGAAGAAGAGAACCAGAGCAGAGUCCCUCGAGAGAAAAAGAGCAGGAGGCUGGUGAGCUGGAGGACGAGGAGACACAAAAAACAGGGAGAGGAGCAAGAAGAGGAGGAGGAUUCGAGAGAGAAACCUCUCCACCUCACUGCUGCCCCCUCGGGAAGAGCUCCCUGCUCCCACCACCAUGCAACAACUCAGGGCCGCUUUCUACAACUGCACACCUACUGCUAACAAAAAUGAGUAUAGCAGUGCAGUCACUGCACGCCACCUCACCACACCCUUUCUCCCACCCUGACCUUGUUCCCAACUACCUGCUUUUACACUGGAAGUCACACCACCCACCUGGCAACGCUGAGCCAGCCCAUGUGUGAUCAGACCCCCAGAAGUGGCUAUCCCAGAAACACAUAGGCCAAUUCAGUUCUCAUUGUAGACAAAUUACACACCUGUGAAGGUAGAGUAUGUUAGCAAACAAAAUUGUAGCUUAGCAAUGCUAUCAGUAUAACACAAAACACAAACAUGAGUAGCUUCCUUUAUCGGGUUCCCAGUGUUUCCUCUCUGAUAAACCUGUCUUCCCCCUCUAGCCAAAGAGGGCAGAGAGUAACAGAAACCCAAGUAUGUAUGUCCUCCAACUCUACAGCUCUCUCUGAGCUGGCAUUCCAUUUUAACCAAAUGUUUCCUCAAAGGCACAAUUGUUUCUAGAAGAGUCAACAUCGUCUCACCUGUGUUGGGACAUCCAAGGAAAACUUUCCUCUUCUUUUAUCAGUUGUUUUCUCUUGUUGUUUAUCCAGUAGCCUUUUUUCAUUAUUUUUUUAUUUCCAAUUAUUUUUUUGUACAGUAGGUAUCUAUACUACUGUCUAUAAUUCAUAUCUUGGCUCUCAGUAUAGCUGAUCACAUAAUUAUGCAACAGUGAUACAAAACUCAUGCAUGACAAGCACAGACUUGCACAUCAACAGUCUAUAUGCAUCUUUUGUCACAGCUGUGAAUGUAUAAAUGCUGGUCCAUUGUUUCAGGAAGGAUUAUUUACAAUAACUGUGGUUUGUUUGCAGAUAGUUGGUAGCAAAUCCCAUAACCUAAUUAAAAUGGAGAAAACUAUUUAUCCAAAGGAAAUAAAUUGAAAAAUAGUCUUUCUGACACAAUUUGACAAACUCACAGAUAUAAUUUGUAGCAUGUUGUAAAGUGUGUUUUUAAAAAUCGAUAAUUAACAUCGGCUGUUUAUAGUAUUUUUAUUUAUUUGUUUAAAAGGAGCAUACAAUGAUAAAUUGUGAGAGAUUGAACAAACACACUGUGACUUGGUCUUUUCCAAUGGACUGUAAAACAUUAAAAAAAACACCUUAUUGAGUUGAUGUACUGUAUGAUUUCCAAAUACAGUAGUUGUAUUGAUUAAUAACACAGUCAAAUAUUGCCUCAGCAUGUGUGCUGAAUGUAAUUUUUGGGGGGAAAUUAGCACUAAUAUAAACAGCACCACAAAUUACACAGUCA